AUGUUGCUAAACUUUUUAUACUUUGUUUCGUUCAUAAUGGGAUUUUGUGAAUGUAAAUGUCAGGUUACAAAUCCUGCCAUUGAUCCUCUCAGAGAAGGAUUGGUCAUGUCUCUUGAAGUUAACCUUGGGAAGAGAGGAAAUAUACUAGAAAUUGGUCCUGAGAAUGCCUCUCAGGUAAUUUUGUCGAGUCCUGUGCUGAAUGAAGGGGAGCUUGAGUCUUUAUUGAAAGAUCCAUACUUGAAAGCCCAAGUAUUGCAUACAUUUUUUAACAUAAGGAAAGGGGUUGAUGGUUCAUUGGAGAAAGCACUUACUAAGCUUUGUGAAGCUGCUGAUGAAGCUGUUAGAAAUGGUUCUCAGCUGCUUGUGCUUUCUGAUAGGUCUGAUGAGCUGGAGGCAACUCGGCCUGCAAUUCCAAUUCUUCUUGCUGUGGGUGCUGUUCACCAGCAUCUAAUUCAGAAUGGACUGCGAAUGUCAGCAUCUAUAAUUGCUGAUACUGCUCAAUGCUUUAGUACUCAUCAGUUUGCAUGUUUGAUUGGAUACGGUGCAAGUGCUGUAUGUCCAUACUUGGCACUUGAGACUUGCAGACAGUGGCGCUUGAGUAAUAAAACUGUGAACCUGAUGAGGAACGGGAAAAUGCCCACUGUUACAAUUGAACAGGCUCAAAAGAAUUUUUGCAAGGCUGUAAAAUCUGGCCUUCUGAAAAUUCUCUCCAAAAUGGGCAUCUCAUUGCUGUCAAGUUAUUGUGGUGCUCAGAUAUUUGAAGUUUAUGGAUUGGGCAAAGAGAUCAUCUAUAACUUGGGGUUGGGUGCUGAACAGAAGCUCCUGCAAGUUGAAUUUAGUAUAACUGGGGUUUGGGGUUGGAUUCUUUUUGAAGCACGUGUUAAUGAUUUCUUGACAAUAUUUGGCCAGGUAAGAGGAAUGUUGGCCCAACUGGGCUACGAAAAACUGGAUGACAUAAUUGGACUUACAGAGCUACUAAGAUCUCGAGAUAUUUCAUUGAUGAAGACUCAGCAUCUUGAUCUUAAUUAUAUUCUUUCUAGUGUCGGAUUACCAAAAUGGAGCAGCACUAUGAUUAGGAAUCAGGAAGUUCACAGCAAUGGUCCGGUCUUGGAUGAUGUCUUGCUUUCAGAUCAAAAGGUAUCAGAGGCAAUUGAGAAAGAACUGGUGGUUAAUAAAACUGUAAAUAUAUACAAUGUGGACAGAGCAGUUUGUGGGCGUGUUUCAGGUGUAAUUGCAAAGAAAUAUGGAGAUUCUGGUUUUGCUGGGCAGCUAAAUUUAACAUUCACAGGGAGUGCUGGGCAGUCGUUUGCAUGUUUUCUGACACCUGGAAUGAACAUUCGACUUGUAGGAGAAGCUAAUGAUUAUGUGGGGAAGGGUAUUGCCGGAGGUGAAUUGGUUGUGACUCCUGCUGAAAAUACCGGGUUUUUGCCUGAGGAUGCCACUAUUGUAGGGAAUACCUGCUUGUAUGGAGCCACAGGAGGUCGGGUCUUCGUCAGAGGGAAAGCUGGGGAGCGUUUUGCAGUGAGAAACUCACUUGCUCAAGCAGUGGUGGAAGGCACUGGAGAUCACUGUUGCGAGUACAUGACGGGAGGUUGUGUGGUGGUGCUUGGAAAGGUGGGUAGAAAUGUGGCAGCAGGUAUGACUGGAGGUUUGGCGUACAUUCUUGAUGAGGACGAUACACUUAUCCCCAAGGUGAACAAGGAAAUUGUGAAGAUCCAGAGAGUGGUUGCUUUGGUCGGUCAGAUGCAACUAAAGAGCCUUAUUGAAGCCCAUGUUGAAAAAACCGGGAGCAGCAAAGGCGCUGCCAUUCUCAAGGAAUGGGACAAAUAUUUGCCACUCUUUUGGCAACUGGUUCCACCAAGUGAAGAAGACACUCCGGAGGCUUGUGCCAACUUCGACCAAACAGCCACUGGGGAGGUGACUUUGCAAUCUGCAUAGGAUAUGGCGGGAUUAGUCGAAGAUGGGCCAUGUAUGCGCAAACUUGCAACCUAUAACUCAGCAAAUAUGCAUUUGUAUAGAACACUCAGUCCCUACCUUUUGGAAUGGAAUCACCAUUGUUGGCCACAUGCAAAAGAUCUUUCAUAGUGCCAUCAGCAGCUGUACAGGAUCUUUGAGAUAAUGUAGGUACUAGGUUGUCCGAAUCUGAGGCUGCAUUUCCUGAGAUUUUGAUCAAAUUUAAAUCCCCACCCCCAACCUAGCACCCAGUUAUGGUGUCAAAACUCACAGGCAACUUCUUCAUGGCCAUUUUCUCCAUUUAAUGUCCAAUAAUUAGAACUUUCCAUAAAGAAUGCAAUGGUCAAUAAAGAAUACAUUUGUCUCCAUAAUUUUGUGGAGCGGAUACAUUGAAAUAAGUUAUGGUUUACUAAGAUGCACUGUGGUGCAUUUGUUUGGUUU